UGCAGACAGGAAAAGAAUCUAUGCCUGAUGAUGAGUCAUAUGAAUUGGUUGUUGGUAUGCUGUUUUUGACAGACCAGAUUGAUGCUGCCUUGAGAUAUGUUGAUUUGACUUUGAAAUCUGGUUAUAUGUUGUCAAUGAGGGUUUUUGCUGAGUGUGUGAGAAGUUGUGUUAACAAAGGCAGGCUGGAUGCUUUGGUGUCUAUUAUAGAGAGGUGCAAGACAAUGGAUCAAAAUAAAGCUCUUUCUCCCUCCUGGAACAUGUGCAUCUUCAUUGCAGAUAUUGCGAUGUAAUAGGAUAAUAGCAAG